AUGUCGCGGAUGAGGGAGGAAGUGAAGGCAGCGCGAGGGAUAGGCGGGGGAGGAGAGAAGGACUCGAUCAUCGAGAUGCUGCCAGGCAAGAUUGUCAUGCUGAACAAGAAUGAAUACUCUGUUGAAGAUGCCGAAUCCUUCGAACUGUCUUCUUGGAUGAUUGAUGAACGAUACAGCAAGAAGAACAAGCUUGUGCUGGUAAAUCCCGCUAGAUUCGAACAUGUCUCUUUCUUCUUCCAGUCCAUGGAUGUGGCAGAACAAUGGCGCCAUAUCCUGAGGGGAGGAAAGGCAGGUGAAACUCUUUCAAAUAGUGUACAGGUAAUCUUGGCAUUGCGCUCUAGUGGCGGAAUCACUGAAUUUGGUCUGCCCACUAGGAAACAGCACACAACAUGGGGAGUCAACAACAGAGAAGUGAAUUGGGUUAUGAUCCUGUCAGCAAGUAACAUUCCAAUCCCUGAAGACCUCAAGCCUGCUGAACUGUUUUUCUCGCUGCAUAGUCAAGAUCAUCACUUCAAUACAGAAAGGGAACAAUUCCUUGGGUGUCCCCUCUGGUUUGAAAGCUUUGAAUUUACCAUGCAAGAAGACGACAGCAUCUCAAUCAUUCUGUGGAAAUGGAAUUCGACGUACAAGGACGAUAUGAUCGGUUCAUUAAGACUCCCAGUUUCUACCAUCGCUCAAGACUUUCAGGAUGUCCAUUCCGUUGUGAAUGGACUUCACUUUGCGCAUUCCAAUGCAAGCAUAUGCGAUUCGUUUGCAGGAUCAAGAAGGUAUGCACUCUCCAAGGGAAAUGGCGAAAAACUAGAAGACAAAUAUGGCGAAACAGCACAUGUUACAUUAUGUUGUAGAGUUAUGAAUAUAACCACCAUAACUAACAUUCCAAGUUACAUAUGGAAUGAGCAUUCUUUGGUCCAAAUCAAAGUAUAUGAUCGUGCAGGAUUGGUCAAGGGAAAGUAUGAAAUCUCACCAGAAUUCUGCAAGAUGGUUGAAAAGAAGAUUUCUAUUGGGUACUUGCAACAAAUUGGUCGAAUCAUUAUUUCAUUUCCUGGUCAAGGAAGUACCGAAAUCAAGAGCGAAGAUUUACUUGAAUAUGUCGGAGAAUGCAACAGUGGGUUAGAACAAGUACAGUAUAUGUUGGACUUCGGGUUUGCAAAGGACAAGGAUGCCUCCAGGACGGAGGAGCCUACAAUCCACUUCCUGCUUGAAUACUCGAGCGACCGAACAACUGAAAACGCCUUGAAGUGUGAAUUCCGAGAGAUUUUGUCUCGUGUAUGCAAGUAUUCCAUCGCUAUCAAGAUCAAGAUCUGCGAUUGGGACCACUUCUCAGACCAGUCGGUGCCGAUUCUUGUGUUGAAUGCGGGGAAGAAAACAAUCCACAAGACCCUAGACGAGGCAUAUGCCUCGUCGUCUUCAAGAGAAUACAUCUUGGAAGCAGAUGUGUAUCAAGAGUUUCGAAUCUUUCUCAUCGAGACAGCAAAGGAGUUGCGUGCGAUCGGGAGCGUUCGAAUUUCCAUGGCCGACAUUUUGUACUCGAUUCUAGUUAAUGAUGGUGCUGAUGUCGUGCAAGAUGAAAUCUUUAUGACUUUCAAGCUGUCUGAGAGAAGCAAAAGUCAAGAUCAGCUGUCAGAACCAAGCCAAUGUAGCCCAUGCAUCAAAAUCGCUUUCAAGCUGUUCAACGCGGCAAAGUUGUUGUUCGGAAUUCAAGAAUUUAUGCCGCUGGGGAAAUCGAAAGGGAACAAAAAGCGGGAAGAAAUCCAAACCAACACGCGAAAAAAUCUAAAGAUUAAUGUUAUCCAAUGCUGCAAUCAACCGAUGUUGAUGUCCAGAGAUACACUUCUCCAUUGUCGGGUACACAUCGGAAACGAAUGCGCUUUUGAGACUAAGAAACAACAAUCAACACGUGACAGAACCGUGUGGAAUGAAUCAUUCAUCAAAGAUGUGAACUCGAGCGAAAGAAUAUUGAUACAGGUCAUCCAAUCCAACUCCAAUGGCAACAUCUUGAUACUAGGAGAAGCUGCUAUCGACGUCAGUGACGUGGAGCUCUACCUGUCAAAGAACGGGAACCUCUCGCAGCAAGAUCAGACCAUCGGGCUGAAGCUCUUGGGCCUCAACGGGAUGGAACUCAAGUCAAAGGAGAAGUUGAGCUCGUAUCUCGACGUGUCCGUGCAGUUCGACCCGGUACCAUCCCGUGCCAAAAAUGGGAGGGCAGAAGAGAUAAUUGCUCCAGACGACCCCUCCUCUCCGAGCUCUGGACUGAUGCAGCAUCAGGAUGGGACCCACGAUGUGGUCUUCGAUAUGAGUGUCAUCGCUUGCAAGAACAUUCCCUUGGUCCCUUUUGGGUCAAAGAUUUACGUGCAAGUUGAAUGCGGAGAUGAUCGGAAGUAUACCAAGUCCAGGAUCUACCGAGAAGAAAUCCUGUUCAAUGAAACUUUUCGCUUCUUGCUCAAGAACAAUUCAGACUGUUUGGUGGCAACGAUUGUCUGUAAGCCACAGAACAAUGUCCACUACGAGAUAGGGAAGGUGCAAAUAGACAAAGCUGCUGUUUACGAAAGUAUUCAAGUGAAACAGGGUCUGCUUUCAUCUCAACAGCACACCUUCAAUCAAUCUGUGAUUCGUGAAAGUAACGAAAACGUGAAAGAACGAUCCAUCAUGCUCCUGGGCCAUCAAUAUCCGGCCUGGAAGGCAUUCGAGGUGAGAAACGAGAAGAAUGAAUCAAUCAUGGGCGAGACCGGCGAGCCAACUCAAGUUCUCAUCAACUUGGCUGCACACAACAGCACAUCCCAUCAGCAAUCAGGGGCUCGACCAUCUUCUCCUAAGGACACACCUGUGGCUGUCAACGUCACGUUCGCAGAAGACAUCGUCCCGUUCGUGCUGGAUAACGACCUGCUGAAUGGAUGGAAGCUGGAAGUCCUGCACACCAUUGCGCAGGUCUUGAACGAGCCUCAGGAUAGGUUCGACAUCGCAUCUGUGUACAUCAGCGACUGCAUCAACGUCAGGCUGCUGAUACGCCCCACUUGGAUGAUUCAGAACUACAACGCCAACGACAAGGCGCUGGCGUUAGCCGAGUCAUUAAUCUCCCAGGCGCGGCAUCCGUCCUCCUACCUCCGACAGAUUCAUCCCACCAUAUCCGACUGUGAGAUGCUAGGAGACUUCAAUCACUUCCAGAUCGAUGACUUUGUCAGUUCGCAUGACCUGGUGGAUAGCGAUACAUCACGCACGAUCGAGCACGACUCCAGCUCGAUUUCUUCGGCGUUGGGUCUGCUAGAGUUUGAGGAGUCUCGAGUCGAAGCAGACGACAGGAGGGGCUCUGCUGGGCAAGGCUCAAAACCCAUCAAGUCGUUGAAGCACAAAGACUCGUCCAAGAACGAAUGGUUGAAACGUUUAGCAGAAAUCUGCAAGCAAAAUCGAGAGUCGAGGACGAGAGAGACUUUCUUCCUCUUUUGGUGUGACGUCACAACCUUCGUCAACUCGUCCACAAGGCGAUCAGGUCCUGCCGUCAAUGCUUCCAAUAGUCGAUCUGAAGCAGACGGCGACAACCAAGCGUAUCAUGACGGCAAUCGAGGUUUUGAAACUUCUAGAUGGAUGAUGGCGAAGUGCUCAGAAUGCAAGAUUUUCAAGAGGCGAGAAAGAUUGAACUCAAGUGGGAAAUGUCCGAGGUGUGCGAGAAAUUCCUAG